CUUGCUAGCCUGUUCCCCGUGGGUGCGAUAUCUCUUCAAACUUGCAAGUAUACAGUGUACAUUGACAUCCCCGACCACACUAUCGCUAAACACGCAUAGCGCGGCGUGCAGUGAUCAGCACGACCUUCUUGUCUUGUCAUGCGCCGAGUGGGAUGGCGGCUGUCCCUUGUGUUUUCCGUGGCUUCUGGCAUUGGCAUUAGUUGGGGCGUGGGUGGUGUACCGAGUCCUGUACUGAACAUGCGCCGUUCCCUCGCAAUAAUAGUGAAUGCUGAACGGGGUGGGCGUCGACUCGGGACCGAUGUCGAAUACUUCUCUAAUGGAUAGGAUGGGCAGUGGAUAAGGGCCGGCCGAUAAAGAGAUAGAUAGAUAGAAACAGUGAGGCAGAUAAAU